GAGAAAGAAGUCAUGUGACGUCAUGCGGAUGGAAACUUUGUAUCCGCUGACAGAGGAGCAGAACAUACAGAAAAAAUGCAGGAAGAGGAUGAAAGCUCUGCUAAUACCAGCAGGAAUUCGAGAAUCCUAACGGCCAAGUCAUUUGAUGUAGCCGACUGCGAUGGCAAAAAGGGACAAGCCUCCAAAUUAUGCGGAUACCUGAAUAAACUGACUGGGAAAGGGCCGUUAAGAGGCUUUAAAACGCGUUGGUUUGUGUACGACCCAAGGAAAUGUUUUUUGUAUUAUUUCAAGACUCCCCAAGACGCUCUUCCAAUCGGACACAUUGAGAUAGGAGAUGCUUGUUUCAGCUAUGAUGUUGAGGCAGAAGAGGGGCUUUUCGAGAUCCACACCGAGGGCAAGGAGUUCCUGCUAAAGGCCCCAAAUAGACAGGUGAUGCGUUACUGGCUGCAGCAGUUACAGCAGAAACGAUGGGAGUUCUGCAACAUGCCUGGCCCCAGAGACAGCUGGUGUUCCCCCACUCCAUUGUAUCCUCAUACAGGGCUGGUGGCCAGAGAUGCAGAAGCAAUGCCUUAUGAGAAGCCUAGUGAGAGCAUGGAAAGUGUUCGGAAUGACUUUGCUUUGGAGUUGGACAAUGAUGGGCUAAUCGGGCAUCAGACAGCACAUGUCCCUGUUGCGCAACCCACUGCAGCUCUCAGCUCCCUGCGUCAAUGGGGCUCUGAGAUAAGAAAUAGCAUGUCUCAUCUGCGCCCUGGCAGAGCAGGAGAGAACAGGCGCAGUGUGUUUUACACAGGUGGCAGUGAAGACUGGGAGAUGGUGGAUCCACCAACCAAGGACCCAGCUCCAUCUGAUUGCCAGCAUCGAGAGAGUUCAUCUCACUUCAAUAGAUCCUCCAUUGGUUCAGCAUUCACUUUUGAUUUCCGCAACCCCUCAAAAAUUAAGCGACCCUUUCAUAGUGGUUCUGGGAAACCUAACCACAGUGCAGAGAGCUCACCAGUUGAGUAUAAUGAAACCAAGAUCUCCAAGUUGCAGCUUCGUAUUCAGAGCCAGCAGGAGGAAAUCAGCCAGUUACAGGAGCAAGAGAAUAAACUCAGAGAGGAACUUGGCAGUCAGAAGGAGUUGGUUCGUCUUCUCCAAAAAACACUGCGUAGCGCUCAGUGUGAUUGGCCUUCCACUGUGGGACCUCACAAUCAUUACCUAGAAGAAAAUGAGGUAGACAAAGCCUUGACAGAGCGAGACACCCAGAUAAAAGACCUCUGUAGCCACAUGGAGAAGCUAGCUUUGGAAAAAGAGAGUCUUCAGCAGGAAUUGAAGGGUUUGAAGAUUAAAGUUGGGGAGAUAAAUGAACAACUUGGCAUGCUCAUGGAGACCAUUCAGGCCAAGGACGAAGUCAUUAUGAAACUUUCCCAGCCAAGUGGUGAAGGAGAAACCCAGUCAGCUGAAUGCAACUCACCUAGUGUGACUAGGGAGCAACAAGAGUUGAACACCUUAAAGGAUAGUCUACAGGGAUACAAAUCCCAAAAUAAGUUCUUGAACAAAGAAAUCAUCGAGUUGACUGUCUUACGAAGAAAUGCUGAAUCCAGAGAGAAAUUGCUGGAGGCAAAGUACAAUAGUUUGGAAGCCAAGCUAUGUCAGGUGGAGAGUAAGUACCUGGUUUUACUACAGGAAGUGAAGUCCCCCGUAUGCUCCUCUUCAGAGCAGACCCAUAGUGGAGAUGUCAUCACCCGCUUACUUGAAGAUGCACUACAGGUGGAGAGUACAGACCAACAGGAACACCCUGUCCUCAAACCCAAUGCUGUCAGUGAGUAUGAUAUUUAUGGCUUCAAAACAGUCCCGGAAGAGGAAGAUGAGGAAGAAAAGCUUGAAGCGAAAAAGAGAGCACUGGACCUAAAGUCCCUCUCUCUGACAGACCAGGAGACGUCAGUACGAGUGAAGUGGGACAACUAUCUGGCCAUAACCAUGAACAGAGAGAUGGUCCGGUCUCCAGACCUGAAGGCACUGAUGCGAGGCGGGGUACCUCACAUACAUCGUUCAAAAGUUUGGAGCUGGUGUGUGAGCUUCCAUGUAAAGAAGAUGCGUGACUGCCAGCCAAAAGAUUAUUAUCAUAACCUUUUGUGCAUGGCAAAUGAUAAACCCAAUCCAGCCUGCAAGCAGAUAGAGCUUGAUCUCCUGCGGACACUUCCUAACAACAAGCAUUAUUCCUCCCCUGAUUCUGAUGGUAUCCAGAAACUUAGGAAUGUGCUGCUGGCUUUUUCCUGGAGGAAUCCAGACAUUGGCUACUGUCAAGGCCUCAAUAGGCUGGCAGCUAUUGCUCUUCUGUAUUUGGACCAAGAAGAUGCUUUCUGGUGUCUUGUGGCCAUUGUGGAGGUUUUCAUGCCACAUGACUAUUACACUAAAACACUGCUCGGCUCACAGGUGGAUCAGCGUGUGUUUAAGGACCUGAUGUAUGAGAAGUUACCCAGACUCCACGCCCAUUUUGAGCACUAUAAAGUAGACUUCUCUCUCAUCACCUUCAACUGGUUCCUUGUUGUGUUUGUGGAUAGUGUGGUCAGUGACAUCCUCUUCAAGAUCUGGGAUUCUUUUCUUUAUGAGGGACCAAAGAUAAUUUUCAGAUUCGCUCUAGCUCUCUUCAAGUACAAAGAAGAGGAAUUCCUGAAACUCCAGGAUCCUAUGACCAUUUUUAAGUACCUUAGGUACUUUACACGUACAAUCUUGGAUGCAAGAAAGUUGAUGGCCAUGGCUUUUGUGGACAUGAACCCAUUUCCACUGAGGCAGAUCCAGAACAGGCGUACAUUCCACCUAGAGAAGGUCCGUCUUGAACUCACAGAACUUGAAGCCAUUCGUCAGACCUUCUUGCGAGAGAGAGAGAGUACCAUGGAUGGCCGCACACUUAUCAGUGAUGAUGAAGAGGAAAGCUGAAGCACAAAGAGGCCAGACAUCCAAGCUGAUUAAAACCAUGACGUGUAUUAUACUUUUCAAAGAAUUUCAAUGAACAAAAUGUGACUUUGAGAGACCAAAGAACAGUAUUGUUUUCAUUUUAUCAAAAUGUAUGUCUUUAUGGUGCUUUUUUCAUUUUAUUUUAUGUUUGAUCAAUAUAAUUUCCAUUUGUACAAAGUGACAAGUAUUAAUAUUAAAGUAACAGAAGAACUUUGUAUUUAGGAAGUAACAAUUGUGCUGGUCCAAAUUGGAUAACUGUCUUUCUCAUGAUACACCAUUAUUUUUGGACAUAUUGGGAUAUGCUAUUCUGGGCACUAACACUUUUUCUAGUCAUACUAAUUAAAAUGUUUGUUUGUUUACAUUACCUUCAAUACUUGUAUUAAAUGAAUAAUAUAGUUAUUAAUCAUAUUCUGGGUUCUGAGGCCUGCCCUCUUUUGAAACAUUUGAUAGUUUGGCACAUUCUGAGUGAUUUUAGUCAAAUCAAGCAGUGGCAAACAUAAAAAUCAACAUAUGUGACAUGGAUCUAUCACCCAAUUCUUUCCUUUCCAUUUAGGUGUCUUAUUAUUUCUUUUUUGGCAAAGAUUAUGCAGCGGUUAAGUUGUGAUUUGUUACAGAAAACUUGAAAUUAAAAACUUUACUGUGAGAGCUGGUCUCUCAUAAUGGACAUUCAUUUCCAGGUAUUGAGGUGCAGAUAUGUUUACUUGCACUGCACUUGUAGAGAAAAAUGUAUUUGUGUACAUUGUGAGAUCUUGUUUUGGACAGAUUAUUUUUCAUGAACAACAAGUGUACAACGAUCUGUUUUUGGAGAUUUUGCCUUAGACUUUUUAGGGCAUGCUUUGUUCUACAAAAUCAGUCGUUGCUUAGACUAGGAUUUUAAAACCCCACAAAAUAGGGCAUCGUUUCUAUAAGAAUUGAUGGCUGCACAAAUAGGUGUACAGUAUGUAGCCAUGAAGUUGUAUGAAAAAAUAGCUAAAUAAAACAGAGUUUUACUAAGC